AAAAUUAGGCGGCGGAUGUUCUCUCUUUACAGGGUCACCACUUUCCCAGAAUCACACAGUCCCGCUCAAUCAGCCCCACCCCUCCACCUGCUCCCCCGAGACACAGACAAUGUCCCCAGGCAGAAGAUCACUGAGCAUGUGGCAGCACCAUGCCCCUAUUGUCUCUCCGAGCUCUACCAUUGGCUGCAGAGUGUGAGAACCUCCAGCAAGCCCAAGACCCACACAUUGAUAUGGAGAUUCAGGAGUAUAAAUAGAGGAGAUUCAGCCAGUGCAGAUCAGACUCACUCUACACAGAGAGAUCUACAGCACAGAUCUACAGCCAUGACUCCUGCAAUCACUUCAGCACCUUCCAUCUCAAAGGAGCUCCUCCCUCUCAACAACAAGCUGAGAAAGCCAGUGGUGGAGAAGAUGCGCAGAGAUCGCAUCAACAGCAGCAUUGAGCAGCUCAAGACUCUCCUGACUCCAGAGUUCCUCAACCAGCAGCCCGACUCCAAGCUGGAGAAAGCAGAUAUCCUGGAGAUGACAGUCAGCUUCCUCAGACGACAGCAGCAGCAGCAGCAGCAGCAGCAGCAGCAGCAGCCUGCAUUCUCCUCCAGAUCAGCAGCUGUCAAUCAAGGCUUCUCCAGAUGUGUCCAUGAGCUUCUGCACUUCCUGUCCAAAGAUGAGGUGAAGACACAGUCUCAGAGAAAACUGAUGAACCACGUCCUGCAGAACCUGCAGCCGUCAGCAGAUCAGAAAUGGAGGGAAAGUGUUCUCCCUCAAGAGCAGCAGAACAUCAUCAGCAAAGAGAAGAGCUCAGAAAAGAGCGCCCUCUGGAGGCCCUGGUAGAAAGAUGUUCUCAAAAAAGUCUAAAAAAACAGGAGGACAUGUUCUUUAUGGACUUUAAAUAUAUAAGUUUUGCUUGAGCAAAAUAUGUACAUGUACUUUGUUAAAAUAACAUAACAUAGCAUUUUAUUAUUAUCGCUUUAUUGCAAUAAGUGUAUUGCUUUCUGUUUCAAGGAAGUUUUAAAAGUCUUAAUAUUUUAAGAAUACCUUAUAAUUCUGUUUUAAGAAAUGAUGUCAUUCUUUUUUUUUACUUUUGGGAAUCCCUUGUAUUCAUCAAAAAUGUAUUUUAUAGUACUUUAUACAGAAGUGACUCUGUGAGUCGAGAUUCUUUUACUUUUAUUAACUUUCACUAUGAAAGUGUUUGAAUUAUCCAUUGUCCACUACGUGGUUCUUCUCAUGCCCAUUUACAGUGAAUGGUAUGUUGAGAUAAGUUAUAUUAUCUUUGGUUUUGUAUUACACACUAAAGGAAUCAUUUGAUUUGUCAAAUGUUAUGAGCAACGUUGUAUCAAUGUCUUGUAAUGUACGCACUGCAUUGUUUGUACUAAUUAUCUCAAUUGAGAUAAAUGAACUCAAAUGAGUUUUCAAAUAUGUCUCCAUAUGUAGUCUAUCAUAGAUGACACUGCAUCAGUGUCUUGGUAUGCACUGCAUUGUUUGUCCUUAUGUUUGUCAAAACAUUGCUAAAUGUCUCAUAUUUGAGACGCAAUAAAUCUACUAUCUAAAUCUA